AUGGCACCCUCGGAUGAGAUCCAAGUACAAAUUGACCCCCCAUCAUCAGCUGACGCCACACCUAAGCCAGCGCCUACCUCUAAACGUCACUUGCUCCCUGACCUCCCUGCGACUGCGGAUGAAAUUGUCGACCUAACCUCACUUUCAAGAGUGGUGACACUACUCGCGAAAAUUACUAUCGAGGCAAUCACUGAUGGAAGAAGCGUCACCGCCUCGAAAAAAAGGAUAGUAAUUCGCGCUGCGGAGGAGACUCAGAAGGCCAUUACAAGAUACGAGCGGCUCGCAUCGCCUAUGAGGGUGAAUGUUGGCGCACCAUUAACCAACGCAACCCACGCUAUCAAUUCGACCAAUUUAGCUAACGCUUCACCCGCUGCCUUGAACCUAAUGUGCUCAGCGACCCUGGCCAGCGACCCAAAAGACGACCUCCGACAAGAACUCGUAACGUGCGUCUCCGAGGUUAGGAAGCUGCGUGGCGACCUCGCCACUGCCGCCUACAAAACACUCCGUGCUCCUGCUUCUGCUGCGGCGGCGUCAUAUGCGCUGAUGGCAGGGCGUCCCACCCCAGCGCAUUCAACCACCCCUCAUCCGACGCCCUACGCAUCUCGCACCAUGACUUCACCCCCGCCCCCACUGACACCGUCGACAAAGCCAGCACUCGUUAUUACUACAAAGACGCCAGUAACAACCCGACAGGAAGCUGUCGAAGCUUUCAGGAAGAGCAUCAGCUUCCGGGAGGCCAAGUAUGCGCCCUCUAAAGUGUCGCCACUGUCUAACAACAAACUCAGGGUGGAGUUUGACUCUAUCCGGGACUGCGAGGACGCCCUGAGGCGCCUGCGCGAUUCUCCAACGGCUCGGGUAACAGCAGAACCAGACCGAAAACUAAGGCCCAUGAUAAUUUUAAAAGGUAUUUCCGUAGACGUAUCGUCGGACGAUCUGGUGAAUGUUGUUCUCGGACAAAACACAGAGUUAGAAACAUAUACACACGAAGACAUAAAACUUAAAUUCAAAAGAAGCAACCACAAUAAAAACCUGUAUAACGCCGUCCUCGUAGUGAGCCCACAGCUGUUCCGAGCUGCGGUACAAAUGGGAAGGGUUCGCGUCGAUCACCAAAGGGUACACGCGGAGGAGUUCUCCCCAUUCGUACAGUGCCACCAUUGCCUACAGUUUGGCCACGUGCGUAAGCACUGCGGCUCGGAGCAGAGGCGCUGUGCUCACUGCGCCGAGGCCACGCACGUAGAUACCGACUGCCCAGUGCGGGAGAAUCCGCAUGCAACCCCCAAGUGCUAUAACUGUGCCGCCAGCAACGUUAAAUUUGGCAACACCCACGACACCGCACACCGGGCAACAUCCAGCUCCUGCACGAUACUUGCUAACAUGAGACAAAAAAUUCUUAAUAACAUUGACUAUGGAUACACACACUAA